AUGUUAAUACAAAGUUCUCUUAGUUCAGUUGAAGCUGGUCUAUGUAAUGUAUAUAAUGAUGGGAAAGAUUUUCAACGUGAUGGGAUACCUAGUAAUGAAACUUGGCAGGUUUGUCUGAAAUGCAACGAGUACCCUAUUGACUGGUGUAAAAAAGCUAAUCCAAUGGAAGAGGAUAGAAGGAAUGCUGAUGAUCCUUACAACUCAAACUGUGUAAGAAGCUCUGGUCAACCAUCAACUGCAAGUAUAAUGACUGAAAAGACUGCGCCUAAUCUUGUAUACAGGAGAAAAAAGCUACGCAAGGGAUCAACUGCCCCUCUUUUCAAGCUUGGGCCAACUGAUGUGACAAUUGCCAAUAUCCCUUCAGUCAUAAGUUCCACUUUGCAUUUAUCAUCAGGUGAGGAUCAAACAACUGGUUUUAGAGUUGAGCAUCAAAUUGAAAUGGUCAAAGAACCUACUCUGCCUUCUGUCUUACUUGAAGAAGCAGCCAAAGAUAUCACACAGAAAAAAUUAGGUAUUGGCAGUGUAAAUGAUAGUUGUUCCUCUUCAAAGUCAAAUAUGGCACUUGUUUCAGAUUCCUUAGAUACUGAGAUGGAUAACUCUGGCGAAUGCUCUUCCUCCGGUGUAAUAGGAAUGGAUGCUGCAAGUGAAGAUUUAACAGAAAAAGAGUUCUGUGUUAAUAUUUUAAGAAGCCACGGACUUCUUAGAGGAGACACUCUUACAGAUAAUGUGGUUUCCGGUGAAGAUGCUGUUACCAUUGGUAAUAACUACUGUUCCAGGUCAUGCAAAAUAUGUGGUCAUUUGGACAGUUCAGUGAAAAUGCUUUUAUGUGAUCAUUGUGAAGAUUCAUAUCAUCCAUAUUGCUACAAUUCACGUUUGAAAAAAAUACCAAUUGAUGAAUGGUUUUGUCAUUCGUGUCUUAAUAAAAGGCAGAAAAUUCUUAAGGAGACAAUUACCAAAUCACCAGGCAUCAAUAGUGAAAUGAGGAAAUGUAGAACUGUCUCCAUUAAGGGUGAAAUGAAUCCCAUGCUGUUGAUGUUGAGAGACACUGAGCCAUAUACAAGUGGUGUGCGAGUUGGUAAAGGUUUUCAAGCUGCAGUACCUGACUGGUCAAGCCCUGUAAAAAGUGAUGAAGACGACUUUCCAGAACCAUUGGAAAUUAAUCCUUCAGAGUUUUAUAGAACACAGGAAGAAAAUAUGAGAAAUCCAAUUAGACUCACCAUUGGCAAUUGGCUUCAAUGCCAGGAGGUUAUAGAUAAAACUAGCGAAACAAUAUGUGGAAAAUGGCGCAGGGCUCCACUAUUUGAAGUUCAAACCAAUGGCUGGGAGUGCUUCUGUGCUAUUCAUUGGGAUCCAUGUCAUGCUGAUUGUUCUGUACCUCAGGAGGUGGAGACGGAUGAAAUUCAAAAGCAACUGAAGUAUAUAGAAAUGCUGAGACCGCGACUUGCUGCUAAACAGAGAAAAAUAGAUUGCACAAAUAAAGGUGAUUGA